AUGGCCGAUCUCGACACUCUUGAUCUCAUAGUCCUGGGAGCCAUUCUCCUGGGCACCAUUGCCUACUUCACCAAGGGUACGCUAUGGGGCGUCGUCAAAGACCCCUAUGCCAGCUCCUUCGCGGCCAAUGCCGGCCAAAAGCCGGGUCGAACCAGGAACUUUAUCGAGAAGAUGGAUGAGACCAACAAGAACUGCAUCGUAUUCUACGGCUCCCAGACCGGUACGGCCGAAGAUUAUGCCUCGCGUCUCGCCAAGGAGGGCAAGAGCCGCUUCGGCCUCAACACCAUGGUGGCCGAUCUCGAGGAUUACGACUACGAGAAUCUCGACGAAUUCCCCUCGGACAAGAUCAUCAUGUUCGUCCUCGCCACCUACGGCGAGGGCGAGCCUACCGACAACGCUGUUGAAUUCUACGAGCAUAUUCGCGGCGACGAUGUCUCCUUCACCAACGGUAGCUCCCUCGAAAACCUCAAGUAUGUCGCCUUCGGUCUCGGCAACAACACCUACGAGCACUACAACUCGGUGGUUCGCGCAGUCGACGAGACUCUUACUAAGCUCGGCGCUACCCGCAUUGGCGUCGCCGGUGAAGGUGAUGACGGCGCCGGUACCAUGGAAGAGGACUUCCUUGCCUGGAAGGAUCCUAUGUGGGCUGCACUCGCGGAAAGCAUGGGUCUCGAGGAGCGCGAGGCCAUUUAUGAGCCUACCUUUGCCAUUGUCGACCGCGAUACCCUGACUGCUGAAUCCGAGGAAGUCUACCUCGGUGAGCCCAAUAAGGCUUACCUGCAGGGCACUCCCAAAGGCCCCUACAACGCCCAGAACCCAUACACCGCCGAGGUCGCCGAGACGCGCGAGCUCUUCAACUCCAAAGACCGCAGCUGCAUUCACAUGGAAAUUGACAUCUCUGGCUCCAAUCUGUCCUAUCAGACCGGUGACCACAUCGCCGUUUGGCCCUCCAACGCCGGUUACCAAGUUGACCUAUUCCUCAAGGCUCUCGGCCUCACUGACAAGCGCAACAAUGUCAUCAGCAUCAAGGCUCUGGAACCCACUGCCAAGGUCCCCUUUCCUACACCCACCACCUACGAUGCUAUUGCCCGCUAUCACAUGGAAAUUUGCGCUCCCGUCUCUCGCCAGAUGGUGUCGACUCUCGCCCCAUUCUCGCCCACUGAAAAGAUCAAGACGGAGAUGACACGCCUUGGCAGCGACAAGGACUAUUUCCAUGAAAAGACUGGCUCAUCUUUCUACAACAUUGCCCAGUUCCUGACCGUCCUUGGCGAGGGUGCGACAUGGGAUAAAAUCCCCUUUUCCGCCUUUAUUGAAGGCCUCAACAAGCUCCAGCCGCGCUACUAUUCCAUCUCGUCCUCGUCCCUCGUCCAGCCCAAGAAGGUCGCCAUCACCGCCGUCGUCGAGACUCAAGCGCUGCCCUCCCAGGAGGCGCCUUUCCGCGGCGUCGCAACCCACUUUCUCGCCGCCCUGGCCGACAAGCAUAGCAAGCGCGCCAAUUCGGACGCCUACGACCUCACCUACCAGAUCACCGGUCCCCGCGCACGCCACACCGGCACCCACCUGCCCGUUCACAUCCGCCACUCUAACUUCAAGCUCCCCUCGGACCCCAGCCGUCCCAUCAUCAUGGUUGGCCCCGGCACCGGUGUCGCGCCGUUCCGCGCGUUUGUUCAAGAACGCGCCAAGCAGGCGCAGGACGGCGCCGAGGUCGGCAAAACGCUGCUCUUCUUUGGCAGCCGUAACGCCAAGGAGGACUACCUCUACGAGAGCGAGUGGGCCGAGUACAAAAAGGUCCUCGGCGAUAAGUUUGAGCUCGUCACGGCUUUUUCCCGCGACACGGCCAAAAAGGUCUACGUGCAGCACCGCCUCAAGGAAAAGGGCGAGGAUGUCCACGAGCUUCUCCAGAAAAAGGCGCUUUUCUACGUCUGCGGUGAUGCUGCCCGCAUGGCUCGCGAGGUCAACACCACACUCGCCCAAAUUAUCGCCGAACACCGCAAAAUUACCCCUGCCAAGGCUGAUGAGGUUGUCAAGUCAAUGAGGGCUGCCAAUCAAUACCAGGAGGAUGUUUGGUCCUAA